UUGUAUUGUCACCCCGAGCGAGAGGGGAGGAGCCAGCUGUUGGCCGGCAUAUGUGACGUCAGUAGCGGCUUGUUUACGGUGAGGGACGAGGACGUAAGGCAAGAGCAACCAUGGAGGGUGUAGCAUCCGAGGUCAGCCUGAAAAUACGGUCUGCAAUCAAAGCCAAGCUUGUUGAACUGGGAACUUAUGUAGAUGAAGAACUGCCAGACUACAUCAUGGUGCUGGUGGCCAAUAAGAAAACAAAAGACCAGAUGGAUGACGACCUGAGUUUGUUUUUGGGGCACAACACAGAACGCUUUACUUCUUGGCUACACCACGUCCUGCAGAAACUCAAUGCUGCUGCCCUUCUACAAGGUACUGGAACUUCUACUACAGAGAUGGGAAGAAGUAAAGUUACUUUGCAAGAAGAAGCCAAGAGGAAAGAAUCUGAGGAUGAGAAGAGGAAAGAGAAAGAGAAAGAGGAGGAAAAGAGAAAAGAACGUGAAGAAGAGAAGAAACGACAAAAAGCAGAAGAGACAAAGAAACUGAAAGAAGAGGAAAAAAGAAAAGGUAAAGAGAAGGAGAAAACAGAACGUAAGAGGAAAUCAAGUGAGAGAAAAUCAGGUGAGAAGAAAGAGAAGAAACUGAAAAAGUCAGAAUCACCAACAUCACCAGAAAAGAACACAAAGGAUAAGAGACUUGUAAGUGAGGUAGUCAAGCCUAUUAAGCUUAAGGAGGUGCCAAAGGAGAAGGAAAAGGAAAAAGAAAAGCCCAAACCUCCACCACCAAGAGAGGAGCCACUCAGUUUUGAGAAGACUACUCCAGCUGCAGCAGAGGUGGCCCCAGUGCAGUCAAGCCUUGAUGUGUCCCUCAAGAAGAUUAAGCCUUUGGUAAGGGGAAAGAUUUCCUCUGCAGAUAUCUUCCGAGCAGAGAGCCAGGCUGAGCAGAAGAAGGAAGAGGAAGAAGAAGAGUUGGAGGAAGACCUGCUGGUGCUCAGAGCAGAUGUUGAUGAAUUGGGUCUGGAGCUGGAGGAUGAGCCCACCCCUAGAAAGAGUAAACAAGAGCAGAUUCACAGGGCAAUCCAGCUCAGAGUAGAUGGGAAGCAGGACAGCAAAGUAGAGGCAAAGGUGCCUGCAAAGGUAGAGGCAAAGGAAAAGGCUGACCACAGGGAGAAAAUAGAAUUAAGAGAAAAAGCAGACUACAAAGAAAAGACAAAGCCAAAAUCUGAACCUGCUGCCCCUCGAAUCUCUGCCAAAGAAAGAUUGGGAGGCAUAGUUGCUCCCAGAUCUGGGGCAUCUCGGGACAAGCCUUCUGUGUUAGAUCGCCUGGGCAGCAGCACCAGUGGAAAGCAUAUAAUUAAUUUACGGGAAGAGUGUAGUGCUCCUGUGCGCUCUGAGUCAUCUGGUGCACACAGCCAAGGAGUGGCAAGAGUUGUGUCGAGUGCCAUCACAUCAGCCCAUAGAUCUGUGUGUGUGCUGCCUUCUUCAAAUUCGUCUGGCAAGAAAUUAGAGGCACGAGUGAGACCUCUCAUGUCAAGGCAAAUAGAAUCUAGUCAUGUUGGUGUAAGCAGAGGAGUGUCAGGAGAAGAAGCCACAGCCAAUAGUGAUGAACAUGUGAGAGAGAGUAUCAGCCGCCCCUCGGGCAGAGUGGUCUCAGCUGUAGGAGCAGUCUUGAAGCGACCACACUCUCAGGCUGACUCUGAUGAUGAGGAGUAUGAUCCUAAGAAGCCGGGCUUGAGUGGUGUGGCCAGCAAAGUUGAGGUGACCCCACGUCCCAGGCGGCCUCGAGCCAUCCAGGCCAACACAGCUCUCAUUCUGCGGGCCAUGGCUGAUGCACACAAGUCUGUCAACAGGCCAUCACAUCACUCAAGAGAAAGAGAAAAGGUGGAAAAACAGAAACCAAGGAAAAAGCAUAAGGUCAGCAAGGGUGAACUUUUCAGUCGCAGCUACAGGCAGAGAGAGGAGGCUGCAAGACAGAAAGGCAGCUCUGACUCACAUGUGGAGACACAAGAGGCAGUCACAAUUCGCAAAAUAGCAAUCACAGUUCCCAAUGCCACGCAUAAAGAGAGUGAGAAGCAGGCUAAGCAAGAGAAGAAAAAGGAGGAAGAUGAAGAGGAGGCAAUGGAAGAGGAAGAGGAGGAGGAGGAGGAGGAGGAGGAGGAGGAAGAAGAGGAGGUUAAAGUUGCAGUUUCAGUUGCUAUGAGGCCACAUGUUCCUGAAGCACAAAUAGAAGCUUCCAAGAAAAAUACUAAAGAAGAGGCAAUGGAUACUCAUGAAGAGGACAAAGCACAAGUUUCAGAUAAUGAUUAUGGUAUGGAGGAAGUGGAGGAGGUGGAGGAAGAGGUGGUAGAUGAAGGCAUUGAGGAGGACCAGCCACCCAUCCAGCACUCUCUUCCACCACCUAUUGUGACCAGUGGGGAAAACACCAAGUUCAUAGUGACCCUUGAGGGUGUGGAUAAUGAGGUGUUUGCUGAGAAGGAGGAGCCCUUGAGCAUCAGGUCCCGUCUAGGUGUGCGUCCACCACCCGCAGACACUGAGGAUCAAGUGGAGGAAUACAUUGAAGAAGUUGAAGAAUGGGAAGAAGAGGAGGAGGUACCUGAGGAGCUAAGUGUAACAUCAGGCGUGCCUGUAGGUGGGCUUGUGACUGGUGUGAAGGCUCGUCUCAAGGCAGCUGCCACCCCAGCCUUGCCACUGCAACCUGGCGGUACUAAGGAGCGGUGCAAGUAUUGGCCUUUGUGUAAGGCAGGAGAGGCCUGUAUUUAUCACCACCCAACUGUAACUUGCAAAUCCUUCCCAGCCUGUAAGUUUGGUGACAAGUGUCUCUUCAUUCAUCCCAACUGCCUUUAUGAUGGAGCAUGUACCCGCAUAGGCUGCCCAUACACCCAUGCCAGUUCCCGCAACUUUGCUAUGGUCUCAGCUGCAGCUCAAAAACACAAAGCUGUGCCCCCAACAAGGACAACAAAGGUGAAGUGCAAGUUCUUCCCAAAGUGCACCAAUUUGUCAUGUCCUUUCCUUCACCCAAAAGCAUGUUACUAUGGUGCAGCAUGCAAGCAGGCAAAUUGCCCCUUUACACACCCUGCAGUGCCCAUGGGUGCCAAGCUCAAGUGGAUUGCACCAAAGGUCUCCACCUCUCAGACUACAGCUUCCACCACCACUACCACCACUACUGCAGAUAGUAAGGAAAUAGGGAAAAAUGAGGAGAAUUUAAUUAAUAAAUAAUGUUUUUUCAAGUAAUUUUUGCAUAUAUUGAAAACAAAACCUGUGUAAGAAGCCUCUUAUAGACUCUGUUAAGUUAUAAUCUAGCAGAUGAUUUAGGAGCUUCGGAAAUCACUCAAAGUGCUUGUCAGUCACAUAUGAAGUGUGAAAAUUAGGGACUUUAUUGUUUGCAAAACUACAGUUGACCUUUGUCAGAAAGUAAAGCCUUUCUGUAUAAAUAUAGUUCCUUUUGGAUCCUUUAUUUUUGUUAUAGAAAUGGCAUACCAGUAUGAGCUCCAACAAGUAUUUAGAAGAUGAAUUCUGUGAAAAGUAUUUGCUCCUUUUUAAAGAAAAUAUUUAGUAACUAUAUAAAUUUUAAUGCACUGGCCAUAGCCCUUUGGUAGGGCAUGUCUAAGGGAAGGCUGUGAGCUUUAAGAAUGAAAUGUCAAUAUUUUUUUUUUAUUCUCACUUUAACUGGAAGUGUGUUACAGUCACAGAUGCCUUAGGAUGUUACUACAAGAUUUACUCAUGUAAUAUUAAACUUGAUUUGAAUCAGUGUUUUUGUUGUGCACUAAGAACAUUAAUGUAUUGACGUGUAAAAAUAUAGUAAUAAAUAAGUAAACUAAAGAAGAAAAUUUU